CUGCGCCAAUAGCACAGAGAAUGAGGAGGGCUGCACCCCACUACACCUGGCCUGCCGCAAGGGUGACAGUGAGAUCCUGGUGGAGUUGGUACAGUACUGCCACGCCCAGAUGGAUGUCACCGACAACAAAGGAGAGACCGCCUUCCAUUAUGCUGUACAGGGGGACAAUUCCCAGGUGCUUCAGCUCCUAGGGAAGAACGCCUCGGCCGGCCUCAACCAGGCGAACAAGCAGGGGCUGACCCCGCUGCACCUGGCCUGCCAGAUGGGCAAGCAGGAGAUGGUGCGUGUGCUGCUGCUCUGCAAUGCCCGCUGCAACAUCAUGGGACCCGGCGGCUUCCCCAUCCACACAGCCAUGAAGUUCUCCCAGAAGGGGUGUGCUGAAAUGAUCAUCAGCAUGGACAGCAACCAGAUCCACAGCAAGGAUCCUCGCUAUGGAGCCAGCCCGCUCCACUGGGCCAAGAACGCCGAGAUGGCCCGAAUGCUGCUGAAGCGCGGCUGUGACGUGGACAGCGCAAGCACCGCAGGAAACACAGCCCUGCAUGUGGCGGUGAUGCGCAACCGCUUUGACUGUGUCAUGGUGCUGCUGACCUACGGGGCCAACGCAGGUGCCCGUGGAGAGUAUGGGAACACGCCACUGCACCUGGCCAUAUCGAAAGAUAACAUGGAGAUGGUCAAAGCCCUCAUUGUAUUUGGGGCAGAAGUGGACACCCCAAAUGACUUUGGGGAGACUCCUGCAUUCAUGGCCUCCAAGAUCAGCAAACUGAUUACCAGGAAGGCGCUCUUGAGUCUGCUGAGAACUGUGGGGGCCGACCACGGUUUCCCACUCAUCCCGGGGGUCCCCAUGGACCAGAGCUCUGCAACAACACCUCACCCCUUCUUCUCUCUGGACAAAACUCAGCCCCCAGAGAUCAGCUUAAACAGCCUAGAGCUUCAGGACCUCAUGCCCAUCUCCCGAGCCCGGAAGCCGGCGUUCAUCCUGAGCUCCAUGCGGGAUGAGAAGCGAACCCAUGAUCACCUGCUCUGCCUGGAUGGAGGGGGCGUGAAAGGCCUGAUCAUCACCCAGCUCCUCAUUGCCAUCGAGAAGGCCUCAGGUGUGGCCACCAAGGACCUCUUCGACUGGGUGGCAGGAACCAGCACCGGGGGCAUCCUGGCCCUGGCCAUUCUGCACAGUAAGUCCAUGGCCUAUAUGCGUGGUGUGUACUUCCGAAUGAAGGACGAGGUGUUUCGGGGCUCACGGCCCUAUGAGUCUGGGCCCCUGGAAGAGUUCCUGAAACGGGAGUUUGGAGAACAUACCAAGAUGACAGAUGUCAAAAAACCCAAGGUGAUGCUGACGGGGACACUAUCUGACCGACAGCCAGCGGAGCUCCACCUAUUCCGGAAUUACGAUGCACCAGAGGCCAUUCGGGAACCUCGCUUCAACCAAAACAUUAACCUGAAGCCACCGACUCAGCCUGCAGACCAGCUGGUAUGGCGGGCAGCCCGGAGCAGUGGGGCAGCCCCAACCUACUUCCGGCCCAACGGACGCUUCCUGGACGGUGGGCUGCUGGCCAACAACCCCACGCUAGAUGCUAUGACUGAAAUCCAUGAGUACAAUCAAGACAUGAUCCGCAAGGGCCAGGGCAACAAGGUGAAGAAGCUCUCCAUAGUUGUCUCUCUGGGGACAGGAAGGUCCCCUCAAGUGCCUGUAACCUGUGUAGAUGUCUUCCGCCCCAGCAACCCCUGGGAACUGGCCAAGACUGUAUUUGGAGCCAAGGAACUGGGCAAGAUGGUGGUGGACUGUUGUACAGAUCCAGACGGUCGGGCAGUGGACCGGGCCCGGGCCUGGUGCGAGAUGGUUGGCAUCCAGUACUUCAGGCUGAACCCCCAGCUAGGCGCAGACAUCAUGUUGGAUGAGGUCAAUGAUGCGGUGCUGGUCAAUGCCCUCUGGGAGACGGAGGUCUACAUCCAUGAGCACCGGGAGGAGUUCCAGAAGCUUGUCCAGCUGUUGCUGUCACCCUGAGCCCCCGGGCCCUGCUGGCAGGGGUGGGCCAGGUCACCCAACACACUGAGGACCAAGCUGGGCCAGGCAGCUCCGUGUCCACCUGAGGACUGGGGCUCAGCGCAAACAGUUCCCCACAAGGCACCUCUCCUGACCCACCUGCACUUUGCCACUCCAGGCUGAAAGCCCAGAGUCCCCUCAGCCCUCUUACCAAACUGUGAAGGACAGCUGGCUCCCUCAACUUCCCUACAUCUCAGUGAGAGCAACACUAAGGUGCCCAGUGUGACCAGAGAGUUCUCCCAGGUUCCCUGGCCACGGCAGCCCACCCCUUCCUCCCUCUUCCUGAAGUCAGGGACUAGAGAAAUGGGGUUCCACCCCAUCAUCAGGUGAAAUCCAGGCUAUUGAAAUCCAACCCCAUUUGACUUUGCCCCUCUACACCUGCCAGCCACCCCACCCCUGCAACCACCCCACCUUAAGAGCCCUGCCAGCUCCCAAAGGUCAAUUCUGUGCACACACUCUUCUCUGGAAGGAGAGUGGGCAGGGGUUCAAGGCCACCUCAACUGUGAAAUAAACGGGUUUAGUAUCAAGUUCA